UUUAAUAUAUUCUAUGUUAAAAAUAUAUAUUUUUAUUAACAUUUAAUCGCAACUUAGUAUAUAACACAGAUAAUAUGAAUUUUAUUUGAAAUGAAUAGUGCCUGUGUAGUAACAUUAGUGAAAAUGUUUCUGUGCUACAGUACCGAAAAUAUAGGAAACAUCCCUUUUAUGUUUCCUCUUUUCUUCACAAAAAUUGAAAACGUUUUCUGUUAUAAAAAAACAAAAACAUUUUACUAACCGCGAUUUUUGUUUUCGUUUUGCCUCUUGAGAGGUUGACAACAGAAAACAAGAAACGUUUUUCGUUACUAAACGCACCACUGUUUAUCGGAUUCCAACGAGUUGAUAUUAUUAAGAGCUCAUAAUUAAUUGUUAUUUUCAUAAUGGUUCAUGAUAGAAAAGAGCUAUGUCUAAGAUUAUUGAGUCCUAUUUGGUGUGGAAGCUUCCAUUGGAGAAGUAUGCAUUGAAACCAUUUGAGGAAGAUUAUGCUUCUUGUCAAAUGGCUAUUUUGCCGGAAAACUACUUCGAUGAGUCUGACAAGGGAAACAUUGCAUUAAAAAGAGCAUCCAAAUGGUGGUUCUGGGAAGGAGGGGUUGAAUUCGAAGACAACACUAGGUUGGAGCCUAAUGUGGUGGUUCUUGCAUCUGGAUAUGAUGGGGAGAAAAAGCUCAAAGCUAUAUUACCCGAAGCUUCUCGUAGCUUGAUAGAAUGUAUGAUGCCCUUAUACAGGGGCACAAUCCAUCCCUUAGUUCCGAACAUGGCAUUUGUGGGUUACAUUGAGAGUGUUUCAAACCUGCAUUCUGCAGAGCUGCGGUGCAAAUGGCUGGCUGAACUUGUGGACGACCAAUUCAAGCUUCCCAAUGUGGAGAAGAUGCUCGAACAAACAACUAAAGAGAUGGAGAUCAUGAAGAGGACAACCAGGUUUUACAAGAGGCACUGCAUUUCUACCUUCAGUAUCAACCACAGCAACGAAAUCUGCGAAGAGAUAGGAUGAACAUCUAGGAGGAAGAAGAACUGGUACUAAAGAAUAGUGUGGAGAUGAACCAGAUAAGUUCAUUUGAUGACCUUCAAAAGAUGAUUUUUGGAUGGAUGUGCUUUUGCAGGAUGUCAAUCUUGGCUGCUCACGGAUUGAAUUGUCAUAUGAUUAUUACUUCAAGGAAGUUGUGUGGUGUGGGAUAUUAUUAAGUGUGAUUAAUUACUAAGCUCCAUUCUCUCUUAGUCAUGUGUGCACCAGCUAUUUUGAGUUGUCUGUUGAUUUUUGGGAUAUAGUCCUGCUCUUUGGG